ACUUGGGGUGCAUCGCCUCUCCUUGGGAGUUGAGCCCAGACUUGAAGCUGCAGACUCCUGGCCACUCAUCUUCCGCUAUUGAGGUCGAUCAUUGGUUACACCAGCCAAAAGUGACUUUGAGGCUGAAAGCUCAAGAAUGCCUUGGGCCUGUCGCCGAGGCGUGCAUGGCAGUGAACUUCACCCUCAACCCAUCAACAAUCUGAUCGACCCACCGACUCGAGCAUAUCAAUCUGCGCAGCGCCCAAUCCCUCAGACGCCGACACAUAUUGUCUCUCGAUCGCAGCGUGCUAGCCAUGUCCGACCCGAGCAUAUACUCGAUAGGAUGGAUCUGUGCCGUCGAACCGGAAUAUAUCGCAGCCACGGUCUUCCUCGACGAACAGCACGAUGAUUUGGAAGAGAUACCUAUCAACGACAACAACUCAUAUACUCUCGGGCGGGUUGGAAAGCACAACGUUGUCAUCGCUGCCCUACCACAUUGGCAAUACGGGCUUGUCAGUGCUGCUACUGUGGCUAGAGACAUGAUCCGCACCUUCCCAAAUAUCAAGGUUGGUCUGAUGGUUGGUAUCGGCGGUGGCGCACCAAGCCCGAAGCAUGACAUCCGUUUAGGCGACGUUGUCGUCAGUUCCCCAGGUUAUGGAAAUGGCGGGGUAUUCCAGUACGACUACGGCAAGACUAUACAGGAUGCGACCUUCAACAUCACGGGUUAUUUGAAUCAGCCACCACAGUGCCUAUUGACCGCAAUGUCCGCCCUUAAAACCCAGUACAAACUUCGUGGACACAGUAUUGCAAAGACCAUCAACGAUAUUCUGGCGAACAACCCAAGGUUGAGAACAGAGUAUCGAAAACCAGGCUCCCACACCGACAGGUUAUACCAUUCCUCCUACAAACAUACUGGUAGUGACGAUGUUGAUUGUGCAAUCGAUUGUCACGACGGCUCGAAGCUAGUUGUGCGGGCCCGACGGUCGGAGAAGGAUGAUGACCCAAUGAUCCACUUUGGUCUCACAGCGUCCGCGAACCAGUUGAUGAAGGAUGCAAAUGUACGAGACAGGCUCGCAGCCGAGAAAGACGUUUUAUGUUUCGAGAUGGAAGCCGCAGGCUUAAUGAACCAUUUCCCCUGUCUCGUGAUCCGCGGAAUCUGCGACUACUCGGACACGCACAAAAACGUGAUCUGGCAAGGUUACGCAGCCAUGGCCGCAGCUGCCUAUGCAAAGGACCUGCUUCGGAAACUGGCGCCUAACAAGGUGAAGGCUGAGAAGAAGCUGAUUGAUCUGCUUUCUGAUGUGCACGACAUCUACUCCCAGACAAAUGAUACGCAUCAUGAAGUCAAACUCUUGCAAAGUGAUAGACAUAGCUCCAACGUCUCGAAAUGGCUCGCGGCACCUGAUCCAUCCAACAACUUCAACAAAGCAAUCGAGGCUCGCCACGAGGGCUCUGGUCGACGGCUAAUCGAGGGCGAGGCAUAUGCACGCUGGAAAGAGCAAUAUCAAUCCUUCCUCUGGCUACAUGGUAUCCCAGGAUGCGGCAAGACUAUCCUGACGUCUACAAUAAUCGAGGAUUUGAAGAAAUCUUCUCAUACGCUACUACACUUCUAUUUCGAUUUCACCGAUGCCCGAAAACAGUCCUUCGAUAAUACCAUCCGUGCGCUGAUAUAUCAGUUGUACGACCAAGAUGAAAAGUUACGAAAUCAUCCAGAUUCGUUGUUUCAUGCUUGCAAAGAUGGGAAAGAGCAGCCCAGCACCAGUUCGCUCCGGGGGACCUUUGCCAACAUGGUUCAACACGCAGGCGAAGUCUGGAUCGUACUAGACGCACUAGACGAAUGCACGUCGCGUGACGAACUGCUCCCCUGGCUGCAAGUUCUUCAGGAAUCCGACUUGAAUAUACAUAUCCUUGUCACGAGCCGUCCAGAACAAGACAUAAAGGCAGCCAUCGAAAUUUACGCCCAUCGUGAGGACAUGAUACCUGUUCAAGAUGACCUGGUGGAUGGAGACAUCAGCGACUAUGUGCGUGCAAGGGUCAGGAAGCACCAUGGACUAAGCAGAUGGAAACAACGACAUGAUAUCCAAUCCGAGAUCGAGUCCAGUUUGCUAAGAAAAGCCAACGGAAUGUUUCGUUGGGUUUGGUGCCAGCUUGACGCUUUAGAAAAGUGUUACGACCAAAAGACAUUGCGUCAGGCUCUUGCAUCGCUGCCGAGGACGCUGGAUGAGACGUAUGCGCGGAUCUUGACCAAUAUACCUCCGGAACACAUGCAUUACACGAGACGAAUCUUGCAAUUCCUUACAUACUCGGAACGGCCUUUACGACUCGAAGAGGCUGUCGAUGCUAUCGCGGUCGAUGUGGAGACUGAUGUAGUAAAGGGUGUAAGGUUUGAUCCAACAAACAGGAUGCCGCAACCUGAAGAAAUUACGAGGUACUGUUCCAGCUUGGUGGUCCUCGUUUCAAGGACAGACGGAUACAAUCAAAAUAACAUAGUCAAGGAGAUCCAACUAGCACACUUCUCGGUCAAAGAUUAUCUAACCUCAGACCGUUUAGAGAAAGCCACCGCUCAUUUUCUGGAAGAGGGAGCGGCACGCAGCUACAUUACCGAAGUCUGCCUAACGUAUCUGUUGGAGCCGAAGAAAAGUGUUUCUGCUAGGCUAACGAGGGAGCUUUACCCCUUGGCUCAAUACUCAGCUCAAUACUGGACUUGCCAUGCUGUGAUAGGCGAGCGCAAGAGACAUGUGGUGUUUCUUCUAGCAAUGGCACUUCUUUCAAGUGUGGAUGCUUUGAGUACUUGCCUCCGACUUUACGAUCCAGACAAGCCAUGGGAUGAACAAUUGGAGGAAGAUGAAAAGUGUAAGAGCACACCACCUCUAUACUAUGCUUCCCUCCAAGGCUUGUCAGCAUGUGUCGAAGGAUUACUCGACAAGGAGGCCAAGGUUAAUGCCCAGGGCGGACGAUACGGCAACGCAUUACAAGCUGCUUCAUACAGCGGACACGAGGAGAUCGUACAGAUGCUGCUUGACAGGGGAGCCGAUGUUAAUGCCCAUGGCGGACUGUACGGCAACGCAUUGCAGGCUGCUUCAUACAAAGGACAUAAGAAAAUCGUGCAGAUACUACUUGACAACAAGGCCAACAUUAAUACCCGGGGCAGAUACUACGACAACGUAUUGCGGACUGCUUUACUUGGAGGACACAAGGAGGUCGUGCAAUUGCUGCUGGACAACGGGGCCGACGUCAAUGCGCAGGGCGGACAGUACGGCAACAUAUUGCAGGCUGCUUCAUACGAAGGACAUAAGGAGAUUGUGGAAAUGCUACUGGACAAGGGGGCCAAUAUUAACACACAGGGCGGAAAAUACGGCAACGCAUUGCAGGCUGCUUCAUGGGAAGGGCACAGGGCGAUCGUGCAGAUGCUGCUAGACAAGGGGGCCGAUGUCAAUGCCCAGGGCGGAGAGUACGGCAACGCAUUACAAGCUGCUUCAUACAGAGGGCAUAAGAAGGUCAUGCAGAUGCUGCUGGACAAGGGAGCCGAUAUCAAUGCGCGGGGCGGACAAUACGGCAACGUACUGCAGGCUGCUUCAUACAGAGGACACAAGGAUGUCGUGCAGAUGCUGCUUGACAAGGGGGUCGAUAUUCAUGCGCAGGGUGGACUGUAUGGCAACGCAUUGCAGGCUGCUUUACGUGGCGGACACAAGGAGGUCGUGCAGCUGCUGCUUAAUAACAAGAGCAAUGUGAAUGCCCAGGGCGCAGAGUGCGAUGAUGCGCUAUACGUAGCUUCAUGUGAAGGAUACAAGGAGGUCGUGCAAUUGCUGUUGGACAAUAAGGCCAACGUCAAUACCCGGGGCAGACAUUACGACAACGUAUUGCAAGCUGCUUCACAUAGAGGACACGAGGAGAUUGUGCAGACGUUGCUUGACAAUGGAGCCGAUGUUAAUGCCCAUGGCGGAGAGUACGGCAACGCAUUGCAGGCUGCUUCAUGGGAAGGACACAAGGAGAUCGUGCAGCUGCUGCUAGACAAGGGAGCCGAUAUCAAUGCGCAGGGCGGAGAGUACGGCAACGCAUUGCAGGCUGCUUCAUAUAAUGGACACAAGGAGAUCGUGCAGCUACUGCUAGACAAGGGAGUCGAUGUCAAUACGCAGGGCGGAGAGUACGGCAACGCAUUACAGGCUGCUUCAUACGGAGAAGAUAAGGAGAUCGUGCAGCUGCUGCUAGACAAGGGAGCCGAUAUCAAUGCGCAGGGCGGACUGUACGGCAACGUACUGCAGGCUGCUUCAUACAGAGGACACAAGGAUAUCGUGCAGCUGCUGCUAGACAAGGGAGCCGAUAUCAAUGCGCAGGGCGGAGAGUACGGCAACGCAUUGCAGGCUGCUUCAUGGGAAGGACACAAGGAGAUCGUGCAGCUGCUGCUAGACAAGGGAGCCGAUAUCAAUGCGCAGGGCGGAGAGUACGGCAACGCAUUACAGGCUGCUUCAUAUGGAGAAGAAAAGGAGAUCGUGCAGCUGCUGCUAGACAAGGGAGCCGAUGUCAAUGCGCAGGGCGGAGAGUACGGCAACGCAUUACAGGCUGCUUCAUACGGAGAAGAUAAGGAGAUCGUGCAGCUGCUGCUAGACAAGGGAGCCGAUGUCAAUGCGCAGGGCGGAGAGUACGGCAACGCAUUGCAGGCUGCUUCAUACAGAGGACACAAGGAUGUCGUGCAGAUGCUGCUUGACAUGGGAGCCGAUAUCAACACACAGGGCGGAGAGUACGGCAACGCAUUACAAGCUGCUUCAUACAGAGGACACAAGGAUGUCGUGCAGAUGCUGCUUGACAUGGGAGCCGAUAUCAACACACAGGGCGGAGAGUACGGCAACGCAUUACAAGCUGCUACAUACAGAGGACACAAGGAGAUCGUGCAAUUGUUACUGGACAACGGGGCUGAUAUCAAUGCGCAGGGCGGAGAGUACGGCAACGCAUUGCAGGCUGCUUCAUGGGAAGGACACAAGCAGAUCGUGCAGCUGCUGCUAGACAAGGGAGCCGAUAUCAAUGCGCAGGGCGGAGAGUACGGCAACGCAUUGCAGGCUGCUUCAUAUGGAGAAGAAAAGGAGAUCGUGCAGCUGCUGCUAGACAAGGGAGCCGAUGUCAAUGCGCAGGGCGGAGAGUACGGCAACGCAUUGCAGGCUGCUUCAUGGGAAGGACACAAGGAGAUCGUGCAGCUGCUGCUAGACAAGGGAGCCGAUAUCAAUGCGCAGGGCGGACUGUACGGCAACGUACUGCAGGCUGCUUCAUACAGAGGACACAAGGAUGUCGUGCAGAUGCUGCUGGGCAAGGGGGCCGAUAUCAAUGCGCAGGGCGGAAAAUACGGCAACGCAUUACAGGCUGCUACAUCUAAAGAAGACAAGGAGAUCGUGCAGCUGCUGCUAGACAAGGGAGCCGAUGUCAAUGCGCAGGGCGGAGAGUACGGCAACGCAUUGCAGGCUGCUUCAUGGGAAGGACACAAGGAGAUCGUGCAGCUGCUGCUAGACAAGGGAGCCGAUGUCAAUGCGCAGGGCGGAGAGUACGGCAACGCAUUACAGGCUGCUUCAUACGGAGAAGAUAAGGAGAUCGUGCAGCUGCUGCUAGACAAGGGAGCCGAUGUCAAUGCGCAGGGCGGAGAGUACGGCAACGCAUUGCAGGCUGCUUCAUGGGAAGGACACAAGGAGAUCGUGCAGCUGCUGCUAGACAAGGGAGCCGAUGUCAAUGCGCAGGGCGGAGAGUACGGCAACGCAUUGCAGGCUGCUUCACGCAGUGGCCACGUCGAAGUGGUGAAGCUAUUUCUUGAGACCGGUGCUGAGCUGUAAGAACAAGCGGGUAGGCUUCAGCGAGCGCAAUAAUACAAUUCAUCUGGAACAAGAGACGCUGGAGAGCCCACCGGAGUGUGCUCGUAAAGUAAAGACCAAAUUUCACUGCCACACGGCAAAGACCGUAAUGGCGAUCAUGAAGCCUGCCAUAAUACGAACGAAACCUAAGCGCGUUUUCGCUUGAUAGGUCUUUGCUGUACAA